CAGAAAUGGAGCGGGCCAGGUAGAAAUGGGUAACAGGCAAUUCGUUAACUUCUUUGACGGAUAUGCAAAACUUAAUAGCUGGAAGUUUCCGGGCAACGGAUCUGCAUUCUUUUCCACAAAAUUUAUCCAAUCUAAGGUUUAUACCGAGUCCCUUGCUAAGAAUGACAUAGCACCCUUCCUCACUUUUGAAGGCGUCUCUCCACCGUUCGGGGAUGUUGAGCGAUAUGAGUCGUUCUUACUCAACAUGGAUAACACUGUCGUGAACGUAUUCAAUUACUCCAACAAAAUCGUAGCCAUGAAUGACAUCUGGAAGGUGUAUGAAAUUAACCCACAUACACUGGACACCAUAGGCGUUGUAAAUCCACCAACACCACCGUCCAAGUUCUCUAACUUGGCCCGACUGAAUGUGAUGUCCACUGCUCAUCCUGUGGCAGAGCAUGGCACGGGUGCCAAUUUUGACAUCCUGAAUACCUUCAGUCUGAUACCCGGUACAAAGGAAAGGUUGUCAGUUGUUCGAGUCACUUCUCUCGAAGGACGCGAGCUCGUCGCCGAAUGGGAAAUUGACCAAACAUCGUACAUGCACUCGUUUUCUGUCACGCCGAAUUACGUCAUUCUGCUCGCUGCUCCG